CUAGCUAAAUGAAUCCAGUUUGCUUUUAUAGGCUAACGCGUUGGACGUAUGCAUCGCCUCUGAGAUAUUUUUUGUUUGUGAUGUAAACCAAAAUGGACAAUUUUAAGUGAAUUUAUAUUGUUAUUGACAGAGUGUUGUGAAGAAUAUGCUCUAACAGUGCAAUACAGUUGUUAUACAAAAGGAUUGUGGUGGGAAUACGUGGAAACGAUCAAAAUGGCGUCAACGUUUAUCUUGCAGUUAUUUUUAGCAGCUAUUGUACCGGCACUAGCAGAUAUCCAAAUGAAGUUCACCAAGUACCCAGAGUCGGUGAUAGCACCCGUGGGUGCCAAUGUAACAUUCGAGUGCGAGGUCACUGUCCCUGGCGAGCGGCUGACUUGGCGGUGGGCCCUCCCUAAUCACACAGAGAGCAGUUGGACAGAGGUUGCUGGUGUCACCGACAAGAAUGUUCACACUAAACUGAUCGUGGAAGUAAAAUCAAAUACUGUAGAUACUUUGUAUCAGUGCGUCGUGUGGUACGGGCCAAUCAGUUUAGUGUCUGUGCCGGCGAAGUUGACGGUCGCAAAAAUGAUACCCAGCAAGAGUAGCACAAGGAAGCGAGUGGUGACCGCGCCACCUCAUAAUACCGUCGUGUUACACUGCAAGGAGCCAAUAUCAGAGCCACCUGCUGUGAUACAAUGGUGGAGAGAGAUAAAGAAUGUAAGAAAACAAAUAGAAUCCCGGCAUGGAGUGCUGGUUAUACAUAACGCAACUGCGGAUGACAGUGGAACGUACAUUUGUUCAGCCACAAAUGAGUUGAGCAAGGGUUCCACUCCGUCGGAGACCACAUUUUUGAAAAUUACACUAGACGACAGACACACUAGAUUCCUUGAAAGAGAGGACGAGUUUGGACCAGUGGACAGUGAGGGUAUAAUAUCGGUGUCCGCGAAAGUAAACGACACGGUACGGCUGUGGUGUGAUGCUGUGGGGUCACCUCCCCCGCGCAUAACCUGGAGCCACGAGAGGAAGGAUCUAUCGCAUGCCCACGGGCACGUGCUCGCUAUACCUGCUUUGACUGUAGCUGACGAGGGUGUAUACCAUUGCACGGCCAAUAGGCAACGCCGGUCAUGGAAGGUGGUAGCACUCCAACCACCCCGUUGGGAGGGAUCAGUGGGCAAUGUGAGUGCGUGCGAAGGCAGCGUCGCUGAAGUGGUGUGCGGUACACUUCACGGACAACCACCGCCGCAAGUGUACUGGCUGCUUAAUGCCAAACCACUGAAACUUGGAGCAGGAAUUCAAGCUAACGACUCAGUCCUUCACAUCGAGCGCGCGGAGAAACAGCACGCGGGCAUAGUGCAGUGCUUCGCGUGCAACCAGCUCGGCUGCGCAUACGACGGCACAUUGCUUACGGUCGUGCCUAUGCAGAUAUCUGAUGAGGAAUAUUUGGCUGAAGCCCCGAAGACAUUGCAUUCGUCACAACAUAAUAAAAAACAUAGGAAACGUAAACCACCAACAUUAGUACCUCCGUCUCGGCCAAAUAUAACACGGUUUUCUGAUGACAGCGUUAUACUGUCCUGGUCCCACCAAAAUAUUGGCCUACCUGUUGAAUUCUAUAAGAUUCAAUAUAGAGAGGUGACAAAUUCAAGUAACGGUAACGAUUGGCAAACGGACAAUACUCGGAUAUCACAUUUCACGCAUUCGUACCAAAUCGACGGACUCACGCCUAAUACUUAUUACAAGUUUCGUGUGGCAGCAGUUUAUUCGAAUAAAGACAAUAAACAAGGGAAAAGCAGCAGUAAAUUUUUCCUGCAGAAGGGUAGUUUUCAAGCGCCAGCCACUCCGGUGCUCACAGAUGUGGAGGCCAUUUCCACAAAUAGUGUUCGACUGUCAUGGACGUGGUCAAGGGAGGGCGGCGUGAUGCCGGACGGCUUCUACGUAUGUUACCGGACGGUGUCGAGCGCGGGCUCGUACGAGAAGGCGAUAGUGGCGGGCGGCGCGGCGGCGCGUUCCGUUGUCAUCUCGCACCUGCUGCCCGACACGGCAUACGAGUUCAAGAUAUGGGCCUAUACGGCGCAGGCGCCUUCCAAUUUCAGCAAGAUAAAGACUGCCAAGACCCACCGCGAGAGCGUGGUGGAGGAGUCGAGCCGCGCGGCGCCGUCGGACCGCGAGCCGGCGGCGGGCGCGGCGCCGCCCGCGCUGCUCACGGGCGGCGUGCUCGGCGCCGCCGCCGUGCUCGUGCUGCUCGCGCUCACCUUCCUGCUGUGCCGCCGCGCCCGCCGCCCCGCCGCCGACAAAGAAAAAGGAUCAGUACCUGAAAGUGGUGGUGCCAACGGCUAUAUACCGGCCAAAGUGCCUAUCACUAUUACGGCAAAUCCUAUGCACGCCGAGGGAGGUGAUGGUGGGGUAGAAAUGUCUUUUAUUCACAACAAUAACACUGGGAAUGAUGAUACAUUACCCCAUUCCAGGAAGAACGGCCCAGCACGGCAAUAUGUGUGAGACGAAAAAAAGAGACUUGAGGUCAGUAACCGCGAACAAAUUAGGUGUUGCCACAUUUUUUAUUUUAGUAGAAAUUGGCAAUAUUGUGGCGUAUUAUUAUGAAUAAAUUGUGAUACGAGUUUUGAAUAAGUAUAAAUCAUUAACACAGUGCGGGGACAUGCAACAGUACAAAAUUAUUUAAUUAUAAUGUAAUUUAGCAUGAAUGUAAAAUUGUGUGCCAAUUGUGAAAAACCAUUGUGUUUUCGGAUCUGAUCAUCACGAAGUUAUAAUUAUUUACAAUUAAUGCUAAUUAGCUAUAAGAUUUACAAUUAAUUUUAUUUAUUAUUCAACUGCCUCUAAUUCGUAGAGAUAGGUGUUUGUUAUAAAGUAAAAUAGAUCUGAUUAUGUUUCCAAUGGUACUAGUUAGAUAGGUACGUGUGUAAGUUUGUUACGCUUUGAUUUAUUAUUAUUUUAUGUUAUUUCAAUAUCAGAACUGUGCACUUGGAAGUUUUAUAUCUAACAUAGGAGCAAAUUAUUAGCAAAAAUGUUUUACAUGGCAAUGUACUUAAAAGUAUUCGUAAAUUAUCGUUGUUCUUUGAACUUGUUGUUUUGAAGUUCUCAACAGCUUAAUGUAAGGACUAUAAUGUAUUUAUUUAAUUAUCUAAUACUUAAUAGCUGCUAUUUAUUUGAAAGGUUGUGAUGGUGUCCAUAUGUAUUGCAUAAGGUUUUAUUUUAUCUAUGAGUCUGUUGUCUGUGGUAUCAACUGCGCCCACUUAAUUAAUUUAUCGUAGAACGGAAUGGCAUUGGUACGACUUUAUGAUUUUAUCGUCACGAUAUAGUAGGAAUAUAUUUUACAAUAUAUAAUAGUAUUAGUAGGUAAAUGUUUUAAUUUUGCGUGCACGAUAACAUCAAUUUGUGUAUUUUUAUGAUAUCGUGAUAGCACGAUACACGGAAUUUUUUUCCUAUGAAAAUUACUCAAAAAAUAAAAGUCUUUAUACCAUCGCCUACAUUUGGCCCCCAUAUUAUAUCAAGACGAUAAAAUCGAGCAAUGCUCUGUCGUGUUACGGUAAAUAAUAGAGGUACUUAUUAUCUGCCGUUCUCGUGAGAAUCUUUUUUUUAAUGGAUACCUCAUCAUGAAAAUUAUCUUUAUUAAAAAAAAUCAAGUUUUUUUUUAUAAUCCUAGCGGUUUUUUAUGUGUUUAUAUGUCAGUCACUUCUUUAAUAGGUAUAUGAUGAAGUCUUUUUCUAUGAAUAGAUUUCUUCUAACAUUUAUUAUGCAGAAGAUAUCUAAGUAUAUGUAUAUACAAAUAUUGACAGUGAAGUGUCAAUAACUCAGUAUUUUUUUAAGAAAUGGACGUUUUUUACGACUUUAUAGUGGAAAUAAUAUACUUUACGAUGAAUUCCGUAUAUAUAUUUAAUAGAAUCUCGCGAAUAAGAAUUUUAUAUUAUUCUAGAUAAACAUCUCCUAGUAGGAUAAUUAUUAUGCAAAUUGUAGGUUGAUAUAUCGGCACACUUUCGAUAUGACCGUAAGUAAUUCGUCAACUUCUCAUGCAACAAGUUAUUUUACAAAAGUAUAAAAAGACAUAAAACAAAUCAAAAGAUAUAAUGUGUAUUCAAAUUUGUAAUAUUUCUUUUAUAUUGAAGAAUACCUUUAUUUUUUAUGUCACGAAUAUUUCGAAUUCGUUGUGCGCCUACUUUUGACACUCCACAGUGUCAAAAGGUGUCAAAUUUACUCACCUAAUUUGACAUUUGACAGUUUAAA